AAAAGAUACGCAUACAUGACACGAUCUGUCUACAUUUGUAAAAUACAAAAUCAAAUCUUUGUAUUACAUCGUGAGAGUUGUAUGGGAGAUCUGCCGCCACGCAAUAGCCACCCCUGAUAUAGAAUAAGAGAAAGAGAGAUAAGAAAAGGGGUGAAAGAAAGAAGGGGGGGGUGAGAGAAAAAAAGGGAGAAGGAAAAGAAGGUAUAGAUAGAGCGUUGGAGUUCGACGAGGACAAUGGUAUAAAUACGGGGUGUAGAAAAAGCGAGGGAUGGAAAAAGAUGGAGUGGGUUGCUAGAAGAAGACAGAUAUAUCCUCGUUACUCCGCGUACGAAUGAAUACAAGAUACUAUACUACGCCGCGUGAAGCGUGACUGGGGAGAUGCGCGUAGAUACGCGAAAAGCGGCGGCAUUUCUUCGCGAACGAUGAGAAUGGAGAUACCGCCUGACGGAGUUCGGAGUAGCAUUGUCGGCGGGGUAAAGUCCGACAAAGAGGGUAAAACGCUCGCGCGACGAAGCCAGGCGAGGAUGGAAGUAUGUGACGAGGGCGGCGGUAACGGCUAGUGGAGCAGACGAGGACGAGAGUAACGUCGGCUCGGUGGGGUGGAGAAAGAGAGAAAGAGAAAGAGAGGGGGGUCGUCACGCUGUAAAGUUGACAAGAAGAGAGACACCGCCGAUGCUGUAAAGCGGAUAAAGACGGAAGUACUACCGCGACAAGGUUGGCGAUACCGUCGCCACGAUAGAGGAGACCGAGAUAGGAGUAUCGCCGGCGCACUGCAGCCGGACGAGGAGAGCGAGAGCGAAAGCGAGAGAGAGAGAGAGAGAGAGAGAGGGGAGAAGGCUAAAGGGCGAGGAGAAGGGUAGCGGUAGAGGAUGGGGUUGGCCUACGUCUGGCUAACCCGAGACACCACUCCCCACUCGGUCUGGCCGGCUCUCUCCUCUAGCCUCCUCUCUUUCUCUCUCGCCUCUCUCAGUGUUCGUUCGAACGCGGCCCGGCACGGUUCUGUUACCCCGUGAUGUCAGAGGGUCCGCUUCGUGAUGGGAGCUCACUGCCGCGGUAAUAUCGGUGGGUUCCAUCGGUAGCCGAUUCCCAACGCCGAUAAUACCUAUUAUCAGUGUUGUCCGGUGCGGUUCUGGCUUGUCCCUACGACGGUGUGAGCGGGGGCGCGUAAAGGGAGAAGGGUGUUUAGCAGGGCGGGAGUGCGUGAGUGCAGAAAACGGACAGGGCAGUGAAAUACGGACAGAAAUACUCCAAGGUCAAUUUUGCGACGGGGAAAACGAUGUCGAAGACUUUGAUUAGAAAACGAAAUUAGUUGGCGAGGAAGCUGAUGGGAAAAAUUAGCUCGCGGCCAGUACGAAAUUGGAGCUUGAUGGUAUAAGCCGCCAGUUGUAAGCGGGGAAGUUCCGAAACGUCAUCGCCCUUCCUCCAGCGAAAACAAACACGCCUGUAUCGCACGCGGAAGAUCCGAUUCGUUUACGUUUUUCGCGUUUAUAUAGGAGUGAAUAUCGGUUUGCUAAUUAGUGUUAUAGAGAGCAAAAUUGGCGUAUUAAUUGAGAGAAAAUAGUCUAUAUAAAUCUUUCCUUCUCCGAUCGUUUUUCUGGAAAGAAAAAAAUAUAUAUAUAUCUGUUUCGCUUCUUGUCUCUUUCCUCGAAGAGGGAGUGAAUUUUUCGAAUUUUUUUAUCUCUCGGAAACAAUUUGCGAGUCAAGAUAACGAACGCCGCGGGAAGAUCGCUCGUCAGUCUGAAUGAAGAACGGGAUUUUUCCGAGCGGAGUUUUAUUCCCCGAAGAGACGGGGCAAAUAAGUCGCUGAGAGACCGCGCCAAGUUUCCGCGAUUCUCGACACACUCUCGACAAUAUGUCUGGGAACUACUCGGUGCGCUGCGAGCCGGGCCUAGUGAUACCGCUCUGGCGUCCGGACACCAACCUGCAUCUAAUCGACAUCAUCUUCCGAGGCCUGGUGUACUUUAUUCUGAUGUUAUAUCUGUUUAUCGGCGUGUCGAUCAUCAGCGACCGCUUUAUGGCUGCCAUCGAGGUGAUCACGUCCAAGGAGAAGGAAUUGGUGGUGCGCCGUCACGGGAGGGAGCCGCAGAUCGUCGUGGUGCGAGUGUGGAACGAGACGGUGGCCAAUCUGACCUUAAUGGCGCUCGGCAGCAGUGCUCCUGAGAUCCUGCUGUCCAUCAUCGAGAUUUGGGCGAAGAACUUUCAAGCGGGAGAGCUGGGCCCGGGCACGAUCGUCGGCUCCGCCGCUUACAAUCUCUUUGUUAUCAUUUCCUUGUGCGUGUUUGUAAUCCCGAACGGUGAGACCCGGAAGAUAAAACAUCUGCGCGUUUUCUUCGUCACCGCUACCUGGAGCAUCUUCGCCUACGUAUGGCUCUACGUUAUUCUGGCGGUGUCCAGUCCUGGUGUCCUCGAGAUCUGGGAGGGUAUUCUGACCUUCUCCUUCUUCCCAGCCACGGUAUUGACGGCUUACGUUGCUGAUCGACGGCUAUUAAUCUACAAGUAUCUGCACAAAGGUUACCGGAUGAAUAAGCGGGGUGUAAUCGUGCAGGCGGAGGCCGCGGAUUCCGAGAUGGGGGUGGAGCUGGAGAUCAAGCCUCAGCAAGACGGUCUUCACGGCAUGGUCGAUCGCCUAGCCGACGUCGAUUCCCCCGAAGCGAGAGAGUUCGAGCAAACUCGUAGAGAUUACAUUAACACUCUGAAGGAAUUGCGUAAAAAGUACCCGACUUUGCCUCUGGAGCAAUUGGAGGUCAUGGCUCACGAGGAAGUGCUCGGCAAGGGCCCUAAGAGCAGGGCCUUUUAUAGGGUGCAGGCUACGAGGAAGAUGGUAGGCGCGGGCAAUCUCAGCAGGAAGAUCAGCGAGAGAGCGCAGAGCGACCUUAGCGAGGUCAAGGCCGAGUUGCAGAAAGCCGAAGCGGAGAGCAUCGAUAUCGAACAUGUCAACGCCAUGAGAGUAUUUUUCGAACCUGGUCAUUACACCGUGAUGGAGAACGUUGGAACCUUUGAGGUGGGCGUUUCCAGGGCUGGAGGUGAUCUCAACAGACCCUGCACCGUGGAUUACUACACGGAAGAUGGCUCCGCCGAGGCCGGAUCUGAUUAUGUGAGUGCCAAGGGCACUCUGACUUUUGAGCCCGGCGAGACCAUGAAGACUAUCCAGCUUUCCGUUAUCGAUGACGAAUUGUUCGAGGAGGAUGAACAUUUUUAUGUCAGGCUCAGUAAUGUGUCGCAGCCAGCAAUGCUUGUCUCGCCGAGCCUGGCGACGGUAAUGAUCCUGGAUGACGAUCAUAGCGGCAUUUUCGGGUUUCCCGAGAGAGAUGUAGAGCUAGUGGAGAGCGUAGGUCAGCAUCCUCUGCGGGUAGUACGCUAUAGUGGAGCCCGCGGUCGCGUGAUUAUCCCUUAUCGUACUGAGGAAGGCACUGCAAAACCCGGCAAGCAAUACGUGCAUACUGAAGGAACGCUGACUUUUGAGGAUAAUCAGACAGAAAAAGUUAUCAACCUGGAAAUCAUCGAAGAGGAUUCUUACGAGAAGGAUGCUCUUUUCUAUGUCGAAUUGGGCGAGCCCUUGCUGCAAGGAGCGGAAGCAGGAAUGGCUGCAGCGGCGGAGAUGAAGCAGCCGGAGGAGAGAACGGAGGAAGAGAAAAUGGCACUGCUGGGUAGACCGCGCCUGGGCGAGGUGUUUCGAGCGCAAAUCAGGAUUAAAGAAUCUAAGGAGUUCAAGAACACUGUGGAUAAGCUUGUCCAGCGAGCAAAUGCCUCCAUAAUACUCGGCACAAGUUCUUGGAAAGAACAAUUCACGGAAGCGCUCACCGUCAGUGGGGGUGAUGAUGGUGACACAGAGGGUCAACCUUCCUCACCAUCCGCGAUGGAUUAUCUUAUGCACUCGCUUACCAUCUUCUGGAAAGUCCUCUUUGCCUUCGUUCCGCCCACAGGUGAGUAACAAUUUUUUCUUCAUGUUAAUAUAUCAUCGCUUACUAUAUACAUAUAUGAAGCAGACCACUUU